UUUAUUUUCAAAUCAUUUGUUAUUUUUUUUCAUUUCUGAUUACUUUUUUUAAUUUUUCUGUAUCCUAUUUGUUAAGUGUUUUCGCUCUCUAUGUAUUCACCCAAAAAGAAUCUCCCAACUCCACAAAACUAUGCAUUCCCCUAUCAACCAUAUCAAAUCCAACAAAAUCUUAUGGAAUCUCUCUACGAGAUUCUGGAAAAUAAACAAAUUGGCAUAUUUGAAAGUCCAACAGGUACUGGCAAAUCACUCACUUUAACCUGCGGUGCUCUUCGUUGGCUAUUAGACCAUGAAGCUUUAGUCAAAGAAGAAUUACAACAACAAAUCAAUGAAUUAACUAACGAAAUAAAAAAACUCGAAUUAGAAGACAAUCAUGCAACAGAUUGGAUAGAAUCACACUUCCAAACUGAAAAGAAAAAAGAACAAAUGGUAAGCUUGCGAAAAACUUUUGAUAUUAUUAAAGAAUUUGAAAAGAAAAUCGAAGAUCUAAAGGCCAAAAAAUCGACAGAGAAAAAAUCUGGCGUUAAAAUAACAAAACCUCCAGAAGAAGUCUUAUUUGAGAUCGACAAACCUCUCGAAAAUGACUUAGAACUGGAUGAGUUCGAUGUCAAUGAACAGAAAGACGAUGAAGAAGACAAUCUCCAUCGAGAUGUUAAAAUCUUCUUCUGCAGUCGAACUCAUUCCCAGCUUUCUCAAAUUGUCUCUGAGAUCAGAAAAACCGAAUACGGCAAACAAGUCCGAUGUGUUUCUCUGGCUUCCCGGCAAAAUCUUUGCAUCCAUCCGGAGGUGAAAAAACUCACUUCUGGAGCAUUGAUCAAUGAACGUUGCUUGGAUAUGCAACGUUCCCAAUCAAAAAAGACUUGCUCCGAUUCGGAUGGCCAAUGUCUCAAGAAAUCCCGGGUAAAGCUUUCUUCCCAUUCGAAAUGCCCUUACAAGUCUCAAAGUCACAUUGAAAAUCUUAGAGAUUCAUCACUUGUCGAUGUAUUGGACAUUGAAGAUCUUGUCACUGCAGGGAAAUCCCUGAAAUCAUGUCCUUAUUAUGCCUCCAGGUCGUCAGCUAGAGACGCCCAGAUUAUAAUGCUUCCAUAUCAACUUUUACUUCACAAACGGACUCGUCUUCAGACGGGAAUUUGUCUUAAAAACAGUGUUGUCAUUAUCGACGAGGCUCAUAAUCUGUUAGACACAAUCUCGAAUAUUUAUAGUUCCGAGGUGAGCUUGUUUCAACUGUCGGCAGCUCUUGGACAGAUGACUGCAUACAAAAUGAAGUAUUGUUCACGAUUCAGUACUCAAAAUCUGCUCAAAAUCAAUCAAAUGAUUUUUAUCACCAAGAGACUUACUAAAAUGUUCACAUCCUCUGGAAAAGAAUCUCACAGAAUGUUAAGAACUCAUGAACUUAUGGACGAAGGAGAGUUCUUCAAUAUCAAUUUGUAUCAUAUUCUUGAUUUCUGUGAACAGACACGAUUCGCUCAGAAAUUGCAAGGAUUUGCUAAGCGAAUGAAUGCUGAACCAGCUCCAAGUGAGAAUAUAGAACCACCGAGAAGUGGUACUAUUGAACUUUUGAAGAAACUCGAAGAAGAGAAAUUAUCUAAGAAAAUUAAGUCUUCGAAAAAGGGAGUGGAUGUUGUUGUGGAGGAGGUGAAAGUGGAAGUUAGGAAUGAAGCUGUUCCGUUGGUGAUUCGUCCACUUUUGGGAUUUUUGGAAUCGCUGACAGAAUGUUCGGAUGAUGGAGGUGUUCUUAUUACACAAAAUUCUGAUACAAAACAAGCUACAAUGAAAUUUAUUCUUUUGAAUCCGGGUGGACAUUUUGAGGAGAUUAUAAAGGAAGCCAGAUCGAUCAUAAUAGCUGGAGGUACAAUGCGUCCAACGGAUGAGCUCACAGAUCAGCUCUUCAAAUCCUGCCCUGAGCGAGUUCAUCUUAAAUUCUAUGACCAUGUCGUAUCUGAAGAUGCGGUUGCUCCUUUUGUCAUACAAAAAGGCCCAACUGGAAAAAGGUUCCUCUUCAAUUUUGCCGAAAGAAGGAAACCAGGAUUGCUCUCCGAAUUAGGUAUGACUUUAAGGAAUGUUUGCAAUGUGAUACCAGCUGGCAUAGUGUGUUUUUUCUCGUCCUACGAUUAUAUGGAUUUAGUUUAUGAGCAUUUUGUGAAGGAAAAAUUCAUAGAGCAAAUCUCACAGAAAAAACACAUAUUCCGUGAACCUCGCGGAACUGGGGGUCAAUCGGUGGAGAAACUUCUAAGCGAUUAUGCUUGCGCAAUCAAAAACCCAGAUCGCAAUGGGGCACUACUUUUCAGUGUCGUUGGAGGGAAGCUAAGCGAAGGUUUGAAUUUCGCUGAUGACUUGGGACGAUGUGUGAUUGUUGUCGGAAUGCCAUAUCCAAAUAAAAAUUCACCAGAAUUGCAAGAGAAAAUGAAAUAUUUGGAUGUGACAUUGAAAAAUGGAGCUGGUGCUGAAUAUUAUGAGAAUCUUUGUAUGAAAAGUGUCAACCAGUGUAUAGGUCGUUCAGUUCGUCACAUCAAUGAUUAUGCUUCAGUACUACUGAUCGAUGAACGAUAUGCAAGUGAAAAAGUGCGAAAGAAACUACCCCAAUGGAUAUCUAGAAAUUUAAAAAUUCCAGCUGCCUUUGGAGUGGUUCAAGGAGCUACGGCUAAGUUUUUUCGACAAAAACGAAUAAGUUGAUAACGGGGAUUUGAAUGUGAUUAAAAACAGUACAGGAGUAGAAGAUUUAUAUAUGGAUCAUCAAAUGAGUACUAAAACAAAGUCGAAAACCAUGCGAGGCCACAUACUAAAACUCAUAAUCCUAAUGCGAAUAAAAAAAUAAA